AUGCCAACUUGUUGUGUGCCACAUUGUAAAAAUCGUACCGGGUUCUAUCAAAAAAGAAGAGGAAAUUAUUUUACAUUUCCGAAGGAGUCUGCUAUUCGGCAGCAAUGGAUAAANGCUUGUCAAUUAAAUGAGCGUAAUAUCAAGGUCGAUUCUGCUAGGGUAUGUGACAUGCAUUUUACAGAGAGCUCUUUUGAAAUGAUAAUGACAAAACUGGCAAAAAAUGGAUUAAAUACUAAAUAUCUACGCCGUUUGAAAAAGGGUUCCGUACCUACGGAAAAACUAUUGUUGGAGAAACAAAAUAGAGCUUUAAGUUGCAAAAGACGAAAUGUAAGACCAAACGUAGAAAUACCAAGCUAUUCAUCGCAGGCAGAGACAUCACAGGCAGUGAAUACAUCGCAGGGAGUGGAGACAUCGCAGGCAGCGGAGAUAUCACAGGAAGCAGAAACGUGCAUGUAUAUCAAGGAUCAUUGUGAAAAACGAGUGGACGUGUAC